UAUAGUGAAUGCAGGGUCCGGGGAGAGCGGAUAUAGUGAAUGCAGGGUCUGGGGAGACCGGAUAUAGUGAAUGCAGGGUCCUGGGAGACCAGAUAUAGUGAAUGCAGGGUCCGGGGAGACCAGAUAUAGUGAAUGCAGGGUCCGGGGAGAACAGAUAUAUUGAAUGCAGGGUCCGGGGAGACCGGAUAUAGUGAAUACAGGGUCCGGGGAGAGUGGAUAUAGUGAAUGCAGGGGUCCGGGGAGAGCGGAUAUAGUGAAUGCAGGGUCCGGGGAGACCAGAUAUAGUGAAUGCAGGGUCCGG